AUGCUUUGUGUCUCACAGGAGAGUCACCAGGACUUUCAGAAUCUUAAAGCUAAGUUCCAGGGCCUGCAGACUGGAUUUAGUGAGCUACCCAAGAAGCCACCAUUACCCAAGGGCUCUCAAGUGCCAGGCCUGGCUCGUGUGCAUACUGUUUCUGAGAGUUUGUCUCCUUCCGGGGCUUCUGCAACUAACCACAAAGGCCCUCCAUGGCAAGGACAAGGGGCCCCACCUAGUUCGUGGCUCCCUAAUUUAGGAAGAGGCCCUCAAGCCAGUACCAGGACCAGGGAGGCUCCCAAAGACCAACAGCCACCAUGGAGAAUUGCAGGAAACAUUGGAGAGAAGGCAUCCUCACCUUCAAGCCCCAUUCCCUUGAGUUCUUCAAGGAUUCCUAGGAAGGAGCCAGCCCUGAGUGUCCCCCGCAGGAAACCUCUGCCCCCUCAGAAGACUCUUGGUCCCCAGCCUCCCAAGCCCCCCCUCCCACCAGGUAUCCUGAACUUGGAACAAUUCAGGAAGAAAGCAAUCAUACACAAAAGACCUACAGGCAAGAAAACCAUCUUGAGUAAGGCGACCCAAGUGACAGUGCUUCAGAAGCCAGGAUCCUUUUCCAGUAGUGGCCUGCAGGGCCCCCCAGUCCCUCCCAUUCCACAGGAUCCAGAUGAGAUCUAUGACGAUGUGGAACCAAACCCCUGCCCAUCAGGCCCCAAGAAGAGAGAUAAUCUACUGGCUGCAGAGAGAACUCUAAAAGAUUUCCAACAAGUUGGCCGGCAAUUGUGGAAUAGUUGGAAAUCUGCAGAAGAGGCUGACACAGAGGAAACCUCUAACCCCCUGAAGCAGUACAAGAAAGAAGAAAAAGCAGAAAGGGAAUUCAGGAAGAAAUUUAAGUUUGAAGGCGACAUUGUGAUCUUGACAAGGAUGAUGAUUGACCCUAAUGCCAAAACCCGUCGUGGAGGUGGUAGAAACUUGGCUAUCAGACGUGGGGAGAUCAUGGAUGUAAUCCAAUUCACCAGCAAAGAACAAAUUCUAUGCAGAGAUGUCAGUGGAAAAUAUGGCUUCAUCCCUAGAAGAGCUCUGCUCCCCCUGGAGACAGAAGUAUAUGACGACGUUAGUUUCUAAGAGAAUACUUGGACUAGGCAGUCUCCUACGUGGUGGAUAGAGAAAACUACAAGUUUCUCCUUCAAGUGCUUUUAACCCAUCAGCUUAUACUGUUCUCAAGCAUGAACACUGACUGUAUUAAAUUACCUCUUCAAAUGGCUCUCUCCUUUCUUCUGUG